AGGUGAAGGAGAGACACCCAUAUAGACAGACGCGCAGACCAUCGGAAGAUACAGCCUUGGCUGCCUAUCCCCGGAGCCCCUGAGGCUUCCCAGCUGCGUUCACUGGUGGGAGGCUGAGCUGGUGGAAAAGGCGCUGGGAAGAGACUCAGAGGCGACCAUAAUGUCUUUACGUUUACUCACACUGCCGACCCUGCCUGGAGUUGUCAGACCGGGCUGCAGGGAACUGCUGUGUCUGUUGGUGAUCACGGUGACCGUGAGCCGGGGCAACUCAGGGGUGUGCCCCACCGCUUGCAUCUGUGCCACUGACAUCGUCAGCUGCACCAACAAAAACCUGUCCAAGGUGCCUGGGAACCUUUUCAGACUGAUUAAGAGACUGGAUCUGAGUUAUAAUAGAAUCGGGCUUCUGGAUUCUGAGUGGAUUCCAGUAUCGUUUGUCAAGCUGAACACCCUAAUUAUUCGUCAUAACAACAUCACCAGCAUUUCCACAGGCAGUUUCUCCACAACUCCAAAUUUGAAGUGUCUUGACUUAUCCUCCAAUAAGCUAAAGACAGUGAAGAGUGCCGUCUUCCAAGAGUUGAAGGUUCUGGAAGUCCUCCUGCUUUACAACAAUCACAUUUCCUAUCUCGAUCCUUCAGCAUUUGGAGGGCUCUCUCACUUGCAGAAACUCUACUUAAGUGGAAACUUUCUCACGCAGUUUCCUAUGGAUCUGUAUUUUGGAAGGUUCAAACUGGCAGAACUGAUGUUUUUAGAUGUUUCUUACAACCGGAUCACUUCCCUGCCAAUCCACCAUAUAAAUUUAGUGCCAGGAAAACAGCUGAGAGGCAUCUACCUUCAUGGAAACCCAUUUGUCUGUGACUGUUCCCUGUACUCAUUGCUGAUCUUUUGGUAUCGUAGGCACUUUAGCUCAGUGAUGGAUUUUAAGAAUGAUUACACCUGUCACCUGUGGUCAGAGUCCAGACACUCCCAUCAGGUGCACCUGCUCCAAGAUAGCUUUAUGAAUUGCUCUGACAGCAUCAUCAAUGGCUCCUUCCGUGCCCUUGGCUUUAUUCAUGAGGCUCAGGUUGGGGAAAGGCUAAUGGUCCACUGUGACAGCAAGACUGAUAGUGCAAAUACUGAUUUCAUCUGGGUUGGUCCAGAUAACAGACUGCUAGAGCCAGAUAAAGAGAUGGAAAACUUUCAUGUGUUUCACAAUGGAAGUCUGGUUAUAGAAAGCCCUCAUUUUGAGGAUGCUGGAGUGUAUUCCUGUAUUGCAAUGAAUAGGCAACGCCUGUUAAAUGAAACAGUGGCUAUCACGAUAAAUGUGAGCAAUUUCACUGUAAAUAGACCCCAUGCUCAUGAGGCAUUUAACACAGCGUUUACCACUCUUGCUGCUUGUGUGGCCAGUAUUGUUUUGGUACUCUUGUACCUCUACUUGACACCAUGUCCCUGCAAGUGUAAAGCCAAGAGACAGAAAAAUAUGCUAAACCAAAGCAAUGCCCAGUCUGUUCUCAGUCCUGGCCCUACUAGUGACGCCUUGGCUGAUGAAAGGAAGGGGGGUGUGGGUAAGAGAGUGGUGUUCUUGGAACCCCUGAAGGAUACUGCAGCAGGGCAGAAUGGGAAAGUCAGGCUCUUCCCCAGCGAGACAGUCAUAGCCGAGGGCAUCUUAAAGUCUGCACGGGUGAAAUCCGACUCAGAUUCGGUCAACUCAGUGUUUUCAGACACACCCUUUGUGGCGUCCACUUAAUUAUGUGCCUGUAUUUGUAUAACGUCCUGAUUUAAUCUUUCCGUAUUUCACUUUGCGUGUGGUCCGCAAAAUAAACAGCAGGACAAAAACUGUGUUGAUUUAUUUUUUGAGAUACAACCAAAUGGCCUUCUUAAAAUUGUUAAUAGGAAAAUGAGGUCAAGCCCUUUGGUUCCUCAGUGUGCCAGAGAAAGAUGGGGUUGUUUUCCAAAGUCUAGUAAGCUGCAGUAACAGUAUCUUAGUCUUGAGCACCAUUGAUCAUUUCACAGCUGGUCCGGAGGGGAUAUGACUGACAUUGUCCCUUUAUUGAGAAUUCUUAAAAGAAAAAUAAAAAGUCAUAUAUUAGUACUAGUUAAAAAUAGACUUAGCUAACUUAUUAGGACCAAAGUUGAAUCUUUAAAGAAAAGCAUUUGUAUCCUUUUUGUAAAAAACAAAGAUACAGAAAGAAGGAAGAACCAGCAGUGAUUGUAAAGCACAAAAUAAAGUUAUGUUUGAGAACUAUUCAGCCAAAAUCAUGAUUUCAGAAUGAACAGACUACACUGCGGAAACUAAGUGGAGGAUGCCAUGGCCUACCUGGUGUUAGAUUAAUAGUCCAAGAAAGGUACAUUUGUUUGGCUGUCUUCUUUCCAUGCUGUACACUCUUUUCAUGCUGUAUUCUUAUACAAAAGAUCUCACUGAAAGUUCAAAGUCAUCGUUGUUUGUUGUCAUAAAUAUGUAGCUGUCAAGACCAAAAUGUCUGAGUAACCUCUUAAACCUUUCUUCUAGCACAUUACUGUUUGUUCAUCUUCUUGUGUAUGUGUAAAUCUUAAAUUAUGUAAACUAUUAAAUAUUGUGCUGUGUGCAUUUGAAUUAAUGUAAAUAUAUGUAUUCUGUGACCUGAUGUUUUGUUUUAUUUGGCU